GAGACAAUCACUCUCCUUUCUGCAGCCGCCUGACCCCAUCCCCUUCCCCAGCUGCCAGUCUCCGCCCUCCCCCCCCUCCCCUCCCCUCCCCAUUGGCUCCCUGGGAAUUUGGGGAGCCUCUGAGCUAGGGGUGGGGGGGGAGGAGACGGGCGCGCGCGCGCUGCAUUGUGUGCCCCGCCGCGGGAACGCGCCGGGAGGGAUGCGGGCGCACGCGGCGGGCGGGGGCGCGCCUCAGGGCUGCGUCCGGCGAGUCCCCUUGUGUGUCGGGGCGGCGGGGCGCGGAGCGGAGCCGGCCGGCGCCAUGGAGGAGCUGAGCAGCGUGGGCGAGCAGGUCUUCGCCGCCGAGUGCAUCCUGAGCAAGCGGCUCCGCAAGGGCAAGCUGGAGUAUCUGGUGAAGUGGCGAGGCUGGUCCUCCAAACACAACAGCUGGGAACCUGAAGAGAAUAUCCUUGAUCCAAGGCUGCUCCUUGCCUUCCAAAAGAAGGAACACGAGAAAGAGGUGCAGAAUCGGAAGAGGGGUAAACGACCCAGAGGCAGGCCCAGGAAACAUGUGGAACCAGAGGAGCCUCCAAAAAUCAAGUCAAGUAGCUCCUCAUCCUCUACCUCUUCAUCUUCCUCCUCCUCUGAUGAAGAGGAUGAGAGUGACCUGGAGGCAAAGAGAGGUCCCCGGAGCAGAGAGACUCACCCAUUGCCACAGAAGAAAGCUCAGAUUCUGGUUGCGAAGCCGGAAAUAAAAGACCCUGUCAGGAAGAAGCGUGGGCGGAAACCUCUGCCUCCGGAGCAGAAGGCAGCCAGAAGGACCAUGAACGUGGCCAAGGUGCUGAAAACAACCCGAAAGGAGACGGCGGGAGGUUCUAAACUAAUGGGGAAAUUGCAGCCCCAACACAAUGCUCAGGGCUCAGGUAUUGCUGUGCUUAAAUCUAAUGUGAAAGAGCCCCAAAGUGCACUGAGUGGGCUUGGUCCAGGGGGCUUAUCUGCUGAGAACCUGCCCAAUAUACUGAAGGGCUCCUCUGGGAGCCCAAACCACGGGAUCAGCUGGCAGAGUUCUAUUGUGCACUACAUGAACAGGAUGUCCCAAAACCAGAGCUCUGCAGAGGUUCCACCCCCAGGGAGGCUGGCACUCAAGUCACAGGCAUCCACCAAGAGUAGCCUAGGACUGGACUUAAAAAUGAGAAACCAGAAAGGACCUGGGGAGCCUAGGUUGAAUGUGCCAGGAUCCAAAACAGCCAAGGCACUCGGCAGUGGUGCUGGGGGGGAUCAGAAAUCAGGCUUCACUGCUGGGGCUCAAACCUUGCACAAUGGCAGCAAGGCACCUGUGAAUUCACCUGCCCCAGGAAGCCAGCUGACGUCCAAUCAGGAGCUGAACCUUCAAGCUUUAAACUUACAGAGUGUCAAAAAUGGGCCGAAUUCAGCAGGUGGCAGCAGCCUCCCUCGUCAUGUCUGUGGAACUCUGGCCAAAAGUGCUGGUGCCACAGCUGUGAAUGUGGGGGCAGCCGCUGCCAAGGGCAGCAGGAUGGGCACAGUGCUGAAUGUACAAAACACUGGGCUGCCGCCAGGCGUGGACACCUGCAAAAAUGAGAAACCAAUGCAAAGAGCAGCUGCUGGGGAAAGAGAUGUGACAAAAAGUGGAGUCCCAUGUGCACCAGAGGGGCACCCCACAACAGAGAACCGCAAGCCAGCAGCCAUGUCUGAAAUGAGCACUGGCGAAGAGGAGACCAGCUCCGAUUCGGAUCGGGAUUCUGCCUCGUUUCCUGGUAUGGGCCAGAACAUGUCAGUCUCCAUCCAGACCAGCCAGGACUGGAAACCCACCCGCAGCCUGAUUGAACACGUCUUUGUCACAGAUGUGACAGCCAACCUGAUUACAGUGACCGUCAAGGAGUCUCCCACCAGUGUUGGGUUUUUCAAUCUUAGACAUUACUGAAUCAGGAGGUGUGAGGUGGGGAGAUGGGUUCCCAUAGCCCCUUCUGAUGCCUCUUUCCAAUUGUUUCAUUGGGUUUUUCUUCAAGUGAAUGCCAGAUGGCAAUGAGAUUUGGGGAGGCAAAAAUCAGGUGUCCCUGCCCCUAUAAGCAAUUGGCUAUUAAACAAGACCCCAGCUUCCCCCAACAAAGUGUUCUGCCAUUGCCCGCCAGCAUUGUUCUUGGUGAUUCAUUGUAUCUAUGGAGGCUUCCUGGAGCCAAAAGAGAUUUUCUCUGAAGGCUGGGAGGAGUAGGAUACAGGGAAACUUGUUAACAGCUACCAAAGGCCAUUCUGUUUUUCUGACCACUAUAGCAGAUGGCACCAGAGUAAGGUUAAUGCAGUGGUUCUCUGGUGGGGAUUAAGGCUGGCUAGCUGGCUGCUAAAAAGUGGUUAGCAAGUGACUGGUAAACCAGGCUUCUCUGUGGUUGGAUUUCUUUGCUGUACAUCUUGAAAUGUCAGAACACCGGGUAUGCAAGUACCUGGACAGUUGAGGAGAGGGCUGUGGUGUCAUGCAAUGUAACAGGCUAAAGCUUUUCCUUAAGAAAAAGUGAAGUGUUUUUUUUCCUUCUAGGCAUUAGCACAAAUCUGACCACAAUCUCCUGGGACAGUCAGACUCAAUCCAAAUCAGACAGCCAACUUCCACAGUGUUCUGCAUGCUGUGGGGUGGGGGGAGUUGCCUGUAGAUGUGGGGGUUUUCAGGGGACAUUAGUUUAAGCCCAGCUACCCUCCUGGGUUAGGUUGCUCCCAGUGAUGAGCGUGAAGUGACUCCUCGUUCUCUUGUGAUGUUUUGCAAAUGAAAUGGAAAUAUUGUUUACAUUUUUAUACAAAAUCCUCCCUUGUUCAGAAGGGAGGUGGGGGGGCAAGGGGCCUUCAGACUAAAACUGUUACUAUCGCUGGCAAACCCAGACCCGCUGUGGUGGGAAUGGGCAUCACAGCCUGCAUUCACACCACAUGUGGCACGUUUGAGGUGCACAGCAUGAGCUGGCGGCUGAUCAGCGGUUGGCCAGGCUUGCAAGCAGUAUGAGCUGCUGCUGUGAAUGUUUCUGUGUGCGUAAAAGAAGUCAGAGUUGGGAAUCAGUCUGGACAAUUUAGUGCUGUGCAGCCCAGUGCUCUCCAAAUCCAGGCCUUUUCUUUGUCCCAGUAUCCUUAACACUUCACAUGGUACAUGCAAAUAUUUGUGGCAGGAUUUGACUGCUGAAUGCACACACGUCCUUCAGGGCUGUCUGUAGAUUUUGCAGCCCUGGGCCUCAAGCCACCUGCUACUUGGAGACCCACUGUGAGGCUCAAGCACAAUGGAGAAACCUUUUCUACUAGGUCUGAGGUUUGUAGGUGCCAUGAGGCAUGGGAUAGCCGGCAGCUUGGGGCUCUGACUUGCUAUUAGCCUUGUCUUGUUGCUACCACUAGGAAUGAGUGAGGGUUAAAACACAGCAUUUGUGGGAUCAGAAUUCCUGCCAAGCUCCUGUUGCUAGUAGGCUUUAUGAGCGCGGUGGAGGCAGUGCAUGCAGGGCUCAAGCUGGGUGCUGCCAAGUGCCUUCAAUUCACUUUUAUUUCAGUGGAAAGUCAGGGUGCUCAAAGCCUCCUAGGGUGGGGCUAGGGGUCGCUGGGGUGAGGAGAGCACACACCUCUCUGCCUCUCAAGCAGCAGUUCCCCGGGGACAGCCUUUGGCAGGCUCUGGAUGGAGCCUGCUUCAGGCAGACAAGGAGGCUCUUGCUGAACUCUGUUUGAAUGCAGCCUUUGCAAUUGUAGUGAACUGGAACUCUUCUGGGUGCAUGGCAGGGGCAGCCUGGUACCCUCAUGUGCUAUAAGAACAUGCCUGCAAAAGGCAGCCCUUGAAAGAUCUCUGCAGCAGGGUGGCCAAUGACUGGGCUAUCGGGUCAGUGUGUUUAGGUGCCGCUUCAAAGUGGAUGGGUUCAUCUACUACAUCCCUGCCCCAGUGAUGUGCAUCUUCCUCAGCCACAGUAUGGAGCACCUGCAAUGUCAGUAGCGGCUGUGCUACUAAAGGGAUGCUGUCAACUCGUAAAGAGCCAAAGGCUGCAGGUCCAUUAGGUGAAUAUAGGCACACGUAUAUUUCUUAAAUUCUGUUUUACUGCUCUGAUGUGGUCCGGCAUUUAAAAUGCUAGUUCCUUUGGGCCUGGGCUGGCUGUUCUCUCAGGUGGGUAGUGAAAGUCAGGAAGGUUUUAUAAUCUAUUGCUGUUAGUACUGCGGUGUCUGGGUUGCCAGGGAAGGUUCCACUGGAUUUUGUAUUUAAUUCAAAAACUUUAAUUGAUUUAGGUUUCGUUUUUAACAAACCUAAGAUUGGGUCCAGUUUGAGUUGACAAGCCCCUAAUCUUAUGGAACGGUUCCUGCCUUGAAUGUUACCUAGGUGGAUUUGUGGGGUGGGGGUUUCCACCCCCUUAUAGUCAGUGACCUUUCUGCCAGCCAGAAGGCCUUAGCUGUGGCUUCCUCCCAAAGUAAUUGAUACUCUAACAGUCAGCCUGGGGGCUAGGAGCUCACUUCAGAUUUGCUGCAGCAGAGCUCCCGCAGCCUCUGCCAGCCCAGGGAUUGUCGUUGGUGUGGCUGGCUGCACUAUCCAUGGUAAGAACUGUCCUCCUCAAGUGCGGGAGACAAGGGGUCAUGUGGGCCAGACCAGUUUUGUCUGCGAGGAGGGUUUGCUUUGGAGCUCCCUGGUGCCAAAAAGUAACGUCUGUUAUUCAGUUGACCUCAUAAUUCACAUGCAGCCAAACUAACUAUUGCAACUUUGAGAAUGUCAAGAAAAAAUUAGCUUGUGGGUUCAGAAGCCUUUACCCCUGCGGUGGCCUUUACCACAUGUGUUCUGAAGCCCCAGACACGGGGAUGCUGGUAGAUCCUUUCCUUCAGUAAUGAACAAGAGGGGUCUGGACAUCUCAAAGGCUGUGUCUGGCUGUCUUCCCCACACAUCAAAUAUUUACUACUUGGCCUUUGCAAAUCCAAACUAAAGUAACUUACAAUGUGCCUUUUGGAAUGUGCUGUCCCAGCCUUGCCCAUGGUACAGGUCACUGACAGCUGUCUUGUGCUUACGCAAAGCUGGGUUAGUCCAGGGUCCUGUGAAAAGCAAGGACAUAGGUGAGGGGUAGGGGAGAAGACCCUCCUCAGCAGUGUGGCACCCAGCAUUUAUGUGGAUCCCCAGGUACACCUGCUUUGGUGAUGGUAGCAGCUGGUGUGUGUCCAAAGGGAACUGCACCAUCCUUUCUGAGGUUGGCAUCUGAACACAGAGAGGGAGGAAGCUGCUUCCACAGGGAUGAACCCAGAAAUCCUUACAAUAAGGCUGAUGAUGGGUCUGUGUAAACAACCUCCUGGGAUGGCCAUUGAAAAAUGGCAUUUGAUGCUGGUCUGGAGAGGGGCCAGUUGAUAAGACUGUAUUAAGAUGAUAGAAAACUGCUUCUCCGUCCCUACUCCUACAGUGUCAGUGCCUAUGUUUUUACUUUGGGGUAUCAAGAGGGUUGCACUUGUGUAGGACAGGGCUUGGACUGGUGUGACUAAUCAUGGUGGGUACUGAUUUGCACUGAUGCUGCAUGCCUACCUUAGUUUACAAAGAGUGCAAACCACAUCUGUGUACUUACGGUGCAAAGUCCUCCAGCCUAGACAAGCGCUACGUAAGAUGUCCCCAUUCAGAAUUCCAGUUCUAAAUUAAAUUGUAUUUCACAUUUGGUGGCUUGGUCCCACUCAAAGGCAUUCUUGCCUUUCAGAGUCUGGGUGAUAUUUUCUUGGGAUUCUUAAUUUUUGCUCUGGAAACUUGUAAUACAAAUGGAAACUGGCUUUCUUUCAGCAACAGCUACUUAUAAAACUGGGGUUUUUCCCCCUCCUGUAGCAGUGGGAACCUGCUUUGCCAAUGCUAACAUUGUGCCUUUCUGUUAACCAGCUGUUUCAAUCCCAAAGUUAGAAAGACUGUGAAAGUGAUAAUCUGGAAACACCUUGCUUUCAUCUCAUUCUUCCUCCCCCCCUUUAAUCUGGCAUUAAAUGUGUUGACUCCCCUUAACAAUGUGAGUUAGCGUGAGUGUGUGUCUGAGUGAAAGUUUAACUUUGAAGUCAGCCUCUCAAAGGCAAAUUGUGCGUUUUAAUUUAAUCUUUUGUGGACUGAAGUUUAAAAAGCUGGUGCUAUUUGUGUUUACCAAUAAAAUUAGUCUUCAAAGUCUACCUUUUAUAAAAUUUGCUGCUAUGAGUUUGUGUUUUAGUUGCAUGUCAAAAAAAACAGUUAAAGGUUUAUCACUAUUUUUAGUCUUAAGGAGUUUCCCAGGGAAUAGUACUACAGUAUUUGUAUAUUGAAUCGGUAUUUUAUCCUGGCAUAAUCUGGUGAAGUAUAAGGGUUUUUCAUUGGACUGGAAAAAGUGGACAAUUCAGUCAUCUUCCUUAGGAGUUUAGUAUAUUUUUAUAUAUAUAUAUUGUACCAAAAAACUGGAGUUCUUGGGAGCUUCUUCUUUUUGUUUUGGUUCUGAGACUGACACAGAUGUGAAGGACUCUAGACCCAAAAAGAAAAGGUUUUACUAGAAGAAACUGAGGAGGUGUGUGUGUGAAAACAAUUGUUCUUGUAACAGUGCCAAUUACUGCCUGAUUUGCAUUUAUUAUUUUUUAUUAUUAAAAAAGCCAAAUCAUUCCUGUAUGCCACUUCUGAUUGCUUUAAACUACAGCAGUUUGUUUGCUUUUUAGAGAACAAGCAUUGGAUGUGUUAUUACCUGGAGAAAGCUUGAGUUCUUUGUUGGAAACAAGACAGCAGCCCAGCCCACAGGUUAAAUAAGGGCUGCCUACCUGAAGACAAUGGCUGCCCAUUGAGCUUGCAGUGUGUUCACGUCAGUGGUUGGGGUUCCUUUGGUGACCCUGGAGUUGGCUUCCUUGCAUUUUGUGACGUUUUCUAGUAUUUUUGGACACUAAUGCUAGUGUAGACUCCAGACCUCUAGGCUGCUUUUAAUUUAUUUUGCAGGAAAACACUAGAAGUUGGUAUGUCAGACAACUGUGUAUAAUGUUUUUAUUCAUGUUAGUAUAUCAAUAAAUAUAUUUUUAAACUUUUCAGA